GCAGCUUCCCAGAGAGAGAGACAGAGAGAGACAGAGAGGGUACCGUUCUGCCGAGCAUAGAGAUAACGCGUGUUUUAUUUAUGCAUUCCUUCGCACCAUCGAAGAAGAGGAGAGGAUAAAUGAUCGUUUCUUUUGUAAUUUCAUACUCCUCAUACUCCACAGUCCCCCCCCUUUCCCCAUAUUUUACUAUAUAUUUGUUUUAGCAGCGGAACGACAGAGAGUUGUGGUCUAGAGCAGGUGUGAGAAAGAGAGAGAGACCUCAGCGGCCGCAUCUCCCGUCUCUAAAGGGGAAAUGUCGAGCGAGACGCCGGCUACUGCACCUCCACUAUCAGAGCCAGACCGAGCCGCUCAACCCCCGGUCCCCGGCCAGCCGCAGGUCGUCACGGGCGCUGGUUCGGCUCCCAUCGGGGACAGGAUGGUCUCUGGAACCGGUUCCAUGGUGCUCCAGACCGGGGUGAUCAACCCCGCCGUGCCAAUCAGGAAUAUUCAAAUGAAAUUCGCGGUGCUCGUGGGUCUUAUUCAGGUUGGAGAGGUUACCAAUCGGGACAUCGUCGAAACGGUUCUCAACCUGCUGGUGGGGGGUGAGUUUGACCUGGAGAUGAACUUCAUCAUUCAGGACAGUGAGAGUAUCGGCUGUAUGGUCGACCUACUGUCUCACUGCGAAGUCACCUGCCAGGCUGAGGUGUGGUCCAUGUUCACAGCCAUCCUGAGGAAGAGUGUGAGGAACCUUCAGACCAGCACAGAGGUGGGACUCAUACAACAGGUCCUGUCCAAGCUGAGCUCUGUGGACGACAUGAUCGCAGAUCUGUUGGUGGAUAUGCUGGGGGUGAUGGCCAGCUACAGUAUAACAGUGAAGGAGCUGAAACUACUCUUCAGUAUGCUGAGGGGAGACAACGGUAUCUGGCCUAGACAUUCUAUCAAGUUGUUGUCUGUGUUGAACCUGAUGCCUCAGAGAAACGGUCCAGACACCUUCUUCAACUUCCCUGGUCGCAGUGCAGCGGCCAUAGCGUUGCCGCCCAUCGCUAAGUGGCCUUACCAGAACGGCUUCACACUCAACACCUGGUUCAGACAAGAUCCCCUCAACAACAUCAACGUAGACAAGGACAAACCAUACCUCUACUGUUUCCGAACCAGUAAAGGUAUUGGUUACUCAGCUCACUUUGUGGGGAACUGUCUGAUCGUGACAUCACUCAAGUCCAAGGGGAAAGGCUUCCAACACUGUGUGAAGUACGACUUUCAACCCCGCAAGUGGUACAUGAUCAGCAUCGUCCACAUCUACAACCGCUGGAGGAACAGUGAGAUCCGUUGCUAUGUCAACGGUCAGCUGGUCUCCUACGGCGACAUGGCCUGGCACGUCAACACCAACGACAGUUAUGAUAAGUGUUUUCUAGGUUCGUCGGAGACGGCGGAUGCUAACAGGGUGUUCUGUGGUCAGCUGGGAGCCGUCUACGUGUUCAGUGAGGCUCUCAACCCUGCUCAGAUCUUCGCCAUACAUCAACUGGGUCCCGGCUACAAGAGCACCUUUAAGUUUAAGUCGGAGAGUGACAUCCACCUGGCAGAACACCAUAAGCAGGUCCUGUAUGAUGGGAAGCAGGCCAGCUCCAUCUCUUUCACCUACAACGCCAAGGCCACCGAUGCACAGCUCUGUCUGGAGUCAUCACCCAGGGAGAACGCGUCCAUCUUCGUUCACUCACCACACGCACUCAUGCUGCAGGAUGUGAAGGCCAUAGUGACCCACUCCAUCCACAGUGCCAUCCACUCUAUAGGAGGGAUUCAGGUCCUCUUCCCUCUCUUCUCACAACUGGACUACAGACAACUCAAUGACAGCUCUGUGGACACCACCGUGUGUGCCACCCUCCUGGCCUUCCUGGUGGAGCUGUUGAAGAGCUCUGUGGCCAUGCAGGAGCAGAUGCUGGGGGGGAAAGGAUUCCUGGUGAUCGGGUACCUGCUGGAGAAGUCGUCCAGGGUCCACAUCACCAGAGCUGUGUUGGAGCAGUUCCUGUCCUUUGCUAAGUACCUGGACGGGUUAACCCACGGAGCGCCACUACUCAAACAGCUGUGUGACCACGUCCUCUUCAACGCUGCUAUCUGGAUACACACACCCGCCAAGGUCCAGUUGUCCCUGUACACCUACCUGUCUGCGGAGUUCAUUGGGACGUCGACCAUCUACAGCACCAUCCGUCGUGUCGGUACCGUGCUGCAGCUGAUGCACACGCUGAAGUAUUACUACUGGGCCAUCAACCCACUGGAGAGUAGCGGCAUUACGCCGAAAGGACUGGAUGGACCGAGGCCGUCCCAGAAGGAGAUCAUCUCUUUCAGAGCCUUCAUGCUGCUGUUUCUCAAACAACUCAUACUCAAGGAUGAUAAUAUCCAUGAUGUUCUUCAGUUGUUGGUGGCUCUGAUGUCAGAACACCCAGCCUCCAUGAUCCCAGCCUUCGACCAGAGGAAUGGCAUACGGGUGAUCUGUAAACUCCUAGCCUCUAAGACAGAGAGCAUCAGAGUCCAGGCUCUCAAAGUCCUGGGAUACUUCCUCAAACACCUCGGACACAAGAGGAAGGUGGAGAUCAUGCACACACACAGCCUGUUCACCCUGCUGGGAGAGAGGCUGAUGAUCCACACCAACACCGUCAGCGUCACCACCUACAACACCCUCUACGAGAUUCUGACAGAACAGGUGUGUACCCAGGUAGUCCACAAGCCCCACCCAGAACCUGACUCCACCGUCAAGAUACAGAACCCCAUGAUACUGAAGGUGGUAUCAACCUUGUUGAAGAGCUGUAGUCCCAGUUCUGAACUGAUGGAGGUCAAGACACUGUUCCUGUCUGACAUGAUCACACUGUUCAGCAGCAACCGAGAGAACAGACGGUGUCUGUUACAGUGUUCAGUGUGGCAGGACUGGAUGUUCAGUCUGGGCUACAUCAACCCUAAGAGCCCAGAGGAGCAGAAGAUAGCAGAGAUGGUCUAUAACGUCUUCAGGAUCCUGCUCUACCACGCCAUCAAGUAUGAGUGGGGAGGAUGGAGGGUCUGGGUGGAUACGUUGUCCAUCGCUCACUCCAAGGUAACGUACGAGGCCCAUAAGGAGUACCUGGCUAAGAUGUACGAGGAGUACCAGCGACAGGAGGAGGAGAACAUCAAGAAGGGGAAGAAAGGUUCUGUCUCCACCAUCUCCGGUCUCUCGGCCACGCCCGCCCCCGUCGUCAACGGCAACCUGGAGAUUCGCGAGCUGGACGACCACUCACAGACGCAGACCCCAGAAAGCGAGGCCGAGUACGGAGAGGGAGGAGGAAUGGAUUCCAGAAACCUGCUCGCUGAGGGAGGGGUGGAGAUGAAAGGACAAAACGGGGAGGCGUUGACCCCUGGGGAGCAGGGGUCAGGGGAAAGGGUCGAAGUUCAUGACCUCCUGGUGGAUAUCAAGGCGGAGAAGGUAGAGGCUACGGAGGUCAAACUAGAUGACCUGGAUCUGUCCCCGGAAGGGACGGUGGGAAGAGGAGGGAUAGAGGGACUGGGUGGAGGAGGGAUUGGAGGGAUAGGAGGAGGGAGGAUGGAGGGACUGGGUGGAGGAGGGAUAGGAGGUAUUGGAGGAGGGAGGAUGGAGGGACUGGGUGGAGGAGGGAUAGGAGGUAUUGGAGGAGGGAGGAUGGAGGGACUGGGUGGAGGAGGGAUAGGAGGAGGGAGAAUGGAGGGACUGGGUGGAGGAGGGAUAGGAGGAGGGAGAAUGGAGGGACUGGGUGGAGGAGGGAUAGGAGGGAUUGGAGGAAUAGGAGGAGGAAGGAUGGAGGGACUGGAUGGAGGAGGGAUUGGAGGAAUAGGAGGAGGAAGGAUGGAGGGACUGGGUGGAGGAGGGAUAGGAGGAGUAAGGAUGGGGAACGGGCCCCUGGUGGAGGUAGAUUCCCUGCUGGACAGCGCCUACUGUGUUGUGGUGCGGAAGCUGAAUGGCAACCACAGUAACAUGGUGCCUAAAGAUGACACGGUGGUCACGGGGGCGGGGUCUGGCACCAUAGAGGAUGAUGGGAACAUGGGUCCGCUCAUCACCCUCGCUGACGAGAAGGACAGCGUACCGAACAACACAGGAUUCCUCUUCAGCAAGGUUGAUGAGAAGCUGCUUCCAGCGCUGGCUGCCACAGACCCUCUGGUCCUUCCCAGCCUGGACCAGCCCCUCUCCUCGGGCCCGGUCCACUCCUCCACCUGCCCCAGCGAUGACCUGAGUCUUCUGGCCCACAUGACCUCAUGCGGGGGCUCAGACCUGAGCCAAGCCCAUGGAGGACUCCCCGAAGACGGGCCCUUCAAUAUCCAGAGCCCCCUGGCUGACAUCAGCUCCAUCGCCCAGAGAGAGAGCCAGGCAGCUGAGAUCCAGGCCCAGGGCUAUCCAGAGGUAGAGGUCCCGUCUGGGGCAGAUGGAGAGGUGGCGGGGGGUAAGCCUGGAGGUGACACAGCUAGCACCACAUCUGAAACAGAAAGGUCUGAUGAUGGGAAGGACAAAGAGAUGGAGAAGAUACAGACCACGGCUACUACUCAGGCACUCUGUGGUCGUCCGGCAGCCCAGUCGGAGCGUGACCUGCGUGUGGACCUGGGCUUCAGAGGGAUGAUGACAGAACCCAUGACGGAGGAGCAGCGACGCCAGUUCAGCCCCGGGCCUCGCACCACCAUGUUCCGUAUCCCAGAGUUCAAGUGGUCGCCCAUGCAUCAGCGCCUCCUCACAGACCUGCUGGUCGCCCUGGAGACCGACGUGCACAUGUGGAGGAGCCAUUCGACCAAGUCAGUGAUGGACUUUGUGAACAGCAAUGAGAACAUCAUCUUUGUCCACAACACCAUUCAUCUCAUCUCUCAGAUGGUGGACAACAUCAUCAUCGCCUGUGGAGGAAUCCUUCCUCUACUCUCUGCUGCCACCUCCCCCUCUAGUUCUAAGGUCAGUGCGAACACUGUUGAGUUAGAGAACAUGGAGGUGACCCAGGGCAUGUCUUCAGAGACGGCUGUGUCCUUCCUGUCUCGGCUCAUGUCCAUGGUGGACGUUCUGGUGUUCGCCAGCUCUCUCAACUUCUCUGAGAUAGAGUCUGAGAAGAACAUGUCCUCUGGAGGUCUGAUGAGACAGUGUCUACGACUGGUAUGUUGUGUAGCAGUGAGGAACUGUCUAGAGUGUAGACAGAGGCAGAGAGAUAGAGGGUGUCUCUUCAAGUCCAACCUGCCCAGCACUAAGUCACAGGACAGUCUACAGAGUGCAGCCGCAGCCAGCAAGGAUCCAGACAGACUCCUACAGGAUGUUGACAUCAACCGCCUACGAGCCGUGGUCUUUAGAGACGUGGAUGACAGUAAGCAGGCUCAGUUUCUAGCCCUGGCAGUGGUCUACUUCAUAUCUGUCCUCAUGGUGUCAAAGUACCGGGACAUCCUGGAACCACAGAGAGAGAUUGGCAGGUCCAGCAGCCUAUCAGGGAGGAGCAUCCGCCACGAGAUCAACUCCCCCACCAGCACAGGUAAAGAACCCGGUGUCACGCUCUUCUCUUUCCCUCUGAAGCAGAUUCCCACCCCCAUGGAUGACUCUCCGCUGGCCUCUCUGCCCCACACCGACUCAGGAAUCGGGGAGGAGGGCCCCGGCCCUGGGGGUCUGAACGGAGCAGAGCUGGGGCUGGGCAUGGCAGGCAGGGAGACAGACAGAGACAGAGAGAGGGAUGGACGAGUAGGGGAUCUACUGUGUAGCCUGUCAUCAGAGGUUAGAAGGUCAAGGGAGAGCCUAUUGGAUUCGCCCCACAACCCUAACUCUGCCUCCAAUCCUGGUCAAGCCCCGCCCUCGUCGAUCUCCAGCAUCAGUCAGACUAACAAGGGCAUCAACGUCAAGGAGAUUCUGAAGAGCCUUGUGGCCGCGCCCCUGGACGGUGGGGAGGCGGGACAGGAAGUUGGCCCCACCCCCUACCACCCUGAUCCCGCCCUCAAGACACACCCCAUGCAGUUCCACUCCUUCGACAGGUCGGUAAUGGUGCCAGUCAAGAAGCCCCCUCCCGGCAGCCUGUCAGUCAACACUGUGGGCACGCCCACCACCAGCGGCGCGGCCACACCAGGAAGUACACCAAACAUCUUCGCUGCUGCCACGGCAACGCCCAAGAGCAUGAUCAACACUACAGGUGCCACAGAGACUGCCUCCUCUUCCUCCUCCUCUUCCUCAUCCUUUGUUAACGGAGCGACCAGUAAGAACCUACCAGCCGUACAGACAGUGACUCCCAUGCCCGAGGACACCGUGGAGAACAUGAGUGUCUAUUGUGAGGUGGAGCAGAGUGCCCUGUGUAGCGGUUUGACGCCCCCCGAGCUCAAGCCCUUUAGCUCUCUGGCAGGCUUCCAGACGGCCCCCCGUGAUGCAGGACAGUGUCUCAGUAUCACCACUAAGUUGGAGCGUGCCCUGGAGAAGGUGGCCCCCCUGCUGAGGGAGAUCUUUGUGGACUUUGCUCCGUUCCUCUCUAGGACCCUGCUGGGUAGCCACGGCCAGGAGCUGCUCAUUGAAGGUACAGGUUUGGUGUGUAUGAAGUCCAGUACUUCAGUAGUAGAGCUGGUGAUGCUGCUCUGUUCUCAGGAGUGGCAGAACUCAAUCCAGAAGAACGCCGGUCUGGCCUUCAUCGAGCUCAUUAACGAGGGAAGACUGCUGUGCCAUGCUAUGAAGGACCAUAUUGUGCGUGUGGCCAACGAGGCAGAGUUUAUCCUGAACAGGCAGAGAGCUGAAGACGUACACAAACAUGCUGAGUUUGAGUCUAACUGUGCCCAGUACGCUGCUGACAGGAGGGAGGAGGAGAGGAUGUGUGAUCACCUGAUCAGCGCUGCAAAGCACAGGGACCAUGUGACCGCCAACCAAUUGAAACAGAAGAUACUCAACAUCCUGACCAAUAAGCAUGGGGCUUGGGGCACGAUGUCACAGAGCCAAUUACAUGACUUCUGGCGUCUAGACUACUGGGAGGACGACCUGAGGAGGAGGCGGAGAUUCGUACGAAACCCCUUUGGCUCCACCCACCCUAAUGUGUCACUUAAAGCCCUGGAGGACUAUGGUACGGAGGAGGAGGAAGAGGAGGGGCUUAAGUCUAAGAAGACCUUGCGCAGCCAAUCAGUGGUCAGUCAGAACCUGGAGACGGAACUAAUGCUGGAGGGUGACGAGGACACUGUCAGUCUGCUGCAGGAGAAAGAGAUGGACAACCUUGCAGGCCCUGUGGUGCUCAGUACUCCAGCCCAGCUGGUAUCUCCAGUAGUGGUGGUCCAUGGGACUCUCUCCAUCACCACCACUGAGAUCUACUUUGAGGUGGACGAGGACGACCCUAGCUUCAAGAAGAUCCACACCAAGGUACUGGCCUACUCCGAGGGUCUACAUGGCAAGUGGAUGUUCAGUGAGAUCAGAGCUGUUUUCUCCAGACGAUACCUGCUCCAGAACACUGGUCUGGAGGUCUUCAUGGCCAACCGCACGUCUGUGAUGUUCAACUUCCCGGACCAGGCUACAGUGAAGAGGGUCGUCUACAGUCUCCCCAGAGUGGGAGUAGGAACCAGCUACGGAAUGCCUCAGGCCAGGCGUAUCUCCUUGGCGACCCCUCGUCAGCUGUUCAAGUCGUCCAACAUGACCCAGCGCUGGCAGAGGAGAGAGAUCUCAAACUUCGAGUACCUCAUGUUCCUCAACACCGUCGCAGGGAGGAGCUACAAUGAUCUGAACCAGUACCCAGUGUUCCCCUGGGUUCUCACUAACUUUGAGUCAGAGGAGCUGGACCUCACUCUGCCCGGCAACUUCCGAGACCUGUCCAAGCCAAUCGGUGCGUUGAACCCAAAGCGAGCGGUGUUCUAUGCAGAGCGCUAUGAAUCCUGGGAGGAGGACGGAACGCCACCGCAUCACUACGGCUCCCUCUACUCUACCGCUAACACCACACUGCUCUGGAUGCUGCGGAUAGAGCCCUUCACCACGUUCUUCCUGAACGCCAAUGAGAACCAGUUUGACCACCCUGACAGAGCCUUCUCUGGCAUCGCACGGGCAUGGAGGAACUGCCAACGAGACACUGCUGAUGUCAAGGAGUUGAUCCCAGAGUUCUACUACCUUCCAGAGAUGUUUGCUAACAGUAGUGGUUAUGAGCUGGGACAGAGAGAGGACGGGACUCCUGUGUCUGAUAUAGAACUGCCAGCCUGGGCCAAGAAACCUGAGGACUUUGUACGCAUCAACCGCAUGGCUUUGGAGAGUGAGUUUGUGUCGUGCCAGCUGCACCAGUGGAUAGAUCUGAUAUUUGGUUAUAAGCAGAGAGGGCCCGAGGCUGUACGAUCUCUUAACGUCUUCCACUUCCUGUCCUAUGAGGGUUCCGUCACCUUGGAUACCAUCAACGACUCCGCACAGCGGGAGUUGAUGGAGACCCAGAUCCAGACAUGUGGUCAGACUCCAUCCCAGCUGCUGAUCGAGCCCCACCCUCCUCGCUCCUCCGCCAUGCACCUGGUGAGACCCCCCCCCCCCCUCGCUCCCCUGCCAUGCACCUGGUGA